AUGGCUCGCUCCGCCGUGGUGUUUCUGUUGAUCGUUACCUUGGUGGCCGGAUCCGCCAGCGCUCAGGCCCCCGGAGCUGCGCCGGUUGCUUCCCCGUCGGGCUCACCCACUCCUGCCAAACCCACCGUCACUCCUCCCGCUUCUACGCCGUCUCCCGCCGUGAAGGCCCCGACCUCUUCUCCCAAAUCAUCUCCCGCCCCGACGACGACCACGCCCCCGGCUGCCUCUCCGGCCGAUGAGGCCCCGGGUCAGUCUCCCCCCGCUCCCCCGGCGUCGACUCCUGACAUUGCUCCCACUGACGCUGAGCCUGCUGGUACUCCCGCCGGCUCUCCCGCCGAAGCCCCUGCUGCCAGCGGAGCCGCUUUGAACAGAAUCGCAGCUGCCGGAUCCGCCGCCGGGAUUGUCCUCUCAGCGGCCUUGCUGCUGUAG